AUGUACAUAAACAGCAAGCUUAAUAACACAUGGAAAAAAUCAUAAAACUCACUACUUUUAGUAUAGUUUAGAAAUAAUACAAACUUUGCAUUUACAUUAGACAAACCUAACGAAAAAAUACAUUAGUCUGAAGGUGUUGUUGUAGAGAUAAGCAGAAUAGAUCAGAAAUUGAUAAUCAGUCAGCCUCAUCAUCAUAGUCAAGAGCUCAUAAGCAGAUGUGUCAGCAUUUUUAUAUACUUUUUCUAACGCCGAAAGCUGACAUUGCUGUUGAGUCAGUAUUGCAGUCUUCGAAAUAAAUCAGCUCAUGGUUAAAAACUCUUUAUGCUGUUUUUGAAUUUACUCUGUGUCAGUCUGGCAGAAACCAGCUGCGGAUUACUACUAGUUUCUUAACGAAGAUGCAAAGCAAGCAGUACAUUUUGUACUAUUAACAUAUUUUUAAGCUUGAGAUCAAAUACUAUAUGUAAUCAAUAAAACCAAACAAAUAUCUCUCCAGAAAAGUUGGAAAGCCGAUACAAAAAAGAGUAAAAAAAAACACUAAAGUAAUUGCUAACAUUAAAAACAAUUAGUAAAAUCAGCUUCAUGGUAGAGAGUUUGGUGUUAUAUUUAAUAGUAGUUCUGCGAUAUGAUUUAAUUUAUACCAAAAUAUUUAAUCUGAGCAAGCCAAGUAUCUCUAUUGCAUACAAAUGCUGUGAUGCAAAUUAGAAAAUUGAACCAAUUCCUAUGUAAUAAUCGGGCUAACUUAUUUGCUUCUACUAAAAUGUCCCUUUACUUACAAUGAGCAAUUAUAUGAGCAGAGAAAUUAGCUCAACAGUGUAAACACACUAAACACUAACCACAAUGAAUGUAGAAAAAUUUUUGAAUCAUAAAAUAUUUUUUUACUAUUAUGAUUAUUAAGGUUCUGUUUACAAAAUAUUUAUCCUAUACUUGUGUGCUGUUUCUGGAAAUUCUGAAAAUAUUUGUGAAUAAACAGAAACCUUUUUUAAUUGCAUUAUUGUUCCUGUUUGA